AUGACUAAUAAGAAACACCCUAACGUGUACUGCCUACAUGAUAAUCCUCCACAGAAACACCCUAACGUGUACUGCCUGCAUGAUAAUCCUCCACAGAAACACCCUAACGUGUACUGCCUGCAUGAUAAUCCUCCACAGAAACACCCUAACGUGUACUGCCUGCAUGAUAAUCCUCCACAGAAACACCCUAACGUGUACUGCCUGCAUGAUAAUCCUCCACAGAAACACCCUAACGUGUACUGCCUGCAUGAUAAUCCUCCACAGAAACACCCUAACGUGUACUGCCUACAAGAUAAUCUUCCACAGAAACACCCUAACGUGUACUGCCUGCAUGAUAAUCCUCCACAGAAACACCCCAACGUGUACUGCCUGCAUGAUAAUCCUCCACAGAAACACCCCAACGUGUACUGCCUGCAUGAUAAUCCUCCACAGAAACACCCCAACGUGUACUGCCUGCAUGAUAAUCCUCCACAGAAACACCCUAACGUGUACUGCCUGCAUGAUAAUCCUCCACAGAAACACCCUAACGUGUACUGCCUGCAUGAUAAUCCUCCACAGAAACACCCUAACGUGUACUGCCUACAUGAUAAUCCUCCACAGAAACACCCUAACGUGUACUGCCUGCAUGAUAAUCCUCCACAGAAACACCCCAACGUGUACUGCCUACAUGAUAAUCCUCCACAGAAACACCCUAACGUGUACUGCCUACAUGAUAAUCCUCCACAGAAACACCCUAACGUGUACUGCCUACAAGAUAAUCUUCCACAGAAACACCCUAACGUGUACUGCCUACAUGAUAAUCCUCCACAGAAACACCCUAACGUGUACUGCCUACAUGAUAAUCCUCCACAGAAACACCCUAACGUGUACUGCCUACAUGAUAAUCUUCCACAGAAACACCCUAACGUGUACUGCCUACAUGAUAAUCUUCCACAAAAAUAUUAA